AUGCCAACUGUAUUCAACUCUUUGACCAAGCACUUGCAGUCGACUUCCAACGUCAACGAAGUCAAACUGCAAGUCUAUAGUCGGGUCAAAACGACAGUUGCGUAUGCAGCUGCGCUCGAAGCGGCGAAGACAGCGCUUGGAAUCGAGGUGGGACCAUCACGAAAUGUAAAGAUGGGUGGCGGUAGCGAGGAUCCUACCACGAUUCAAAACGCUACGCUCCACCGCGCCUCUUCGAGCGCAGCCGCUUACGCAACUGUCCGUGCUUCACUAUACUCUUCCGACUAUACCCUUCCGCAAUUCGCCCUAUCACGAUGUACGAAUCGACGACUUGGUUAG